UUUUUGUUAUUUGAUACCGUAGACUGAGUAUUUCUUUAUCUACGUAUGAUACAGAGGAAAUUUAUUAAAAUUCUUAAUUAUCUAUAAAAAAAAUAGCUAAGUUGAUUAUAUAUGGGAUAGGCAUCCAAAAACUAAAUAGAGAUACUAUUUAUGGAAUUUAUGGAACUAAGUCAAAUCGUGUGAUUGCGUUGCUUACUUUGUACAAUGUAAUUGAACUACAAUGUGGUAUGAUUUAUCUAUCAGUGUUGACACAAAUGUUGCACAUAACAUGGACGUAUCAAAGAGAAUCACUACAUUACGUGUGAGGUGAGGUAUGCAAGUUGUGGUGCAGUGCUUGUUGUGUUCUUCGGUGUAACAUUUUAUCGUAAGACACGUUGAAAAAAUGUCAUUCAAUAUUAGUACAGAAUCUUAUGCUGUUUAUAUCAUUGAGAAAAAGAUGGAAAAUCUUUGCAGAAUAUGUCUUCAAGAACCAGUCUUUGGAGUAGAUCUGGCUUCUGAGGGUGAAGAUUCCAAAAAAGCUUUAGAGAAGAUUUAUCUCUGUUUUCAAAUUGUUCUUAAUUUUCAGAAGUAUUUGCCAAACAAGAUUUGUGAGAACUGCAUGCUAGAAUUAAAUAUGGCAAAUAGUUUUCGAUUGAAGUGUAUAUCAUUUGAAGAGAGAUUUGAAAUUAAAUUAAAGCAAGUGAGUACUAAUCAACAAUCUUAUAAUAACAUCAAUACUUUGCAAGAAAACGAAAAUAUAAUUGAAAUAAAGCUCACCGAGGAAACAAUAUCCUCUAACCAAAUUGAUGAAACAAAUGAUCCUGUGUCCCCUUACAUUAAUACUGAGUCUGAGUUUACGUCUGCUGACAAGUAUUUACUUGAAAAUGAAAUGGAAAAUACUUUCAAUUAUAAGUGUGAAAUAUGUGCCAAAAUCCUAAAAUCAAAAACAUCAUUGCUGAAGCACAAAACUUCAAUGCAUAAGAAAAGAAAACAUAUUGGAAAAGUAAUAGGCUUCGGAUCAGCUAGGCGAUAUCUUUGCACAAGUUGUUCUUAUUCCACACCACAUAGUCAAACACUAGUCAAUCACAUGAGAAGGCAUAAUGGAGAAAGACCAUACAAGUGUGAAUGUGGGAAAACUUUUACUCAGUCAUCUAGUCUUGCAGCCCAUCAGAAGACUCAUAGUAAUGCCACCUACUUCACAUGCUCUAUAUGUGGCAAACAAUUUAAGCAUGCAUUCACUUUGAAAAAUCAUCUACGAGUCCAUGAGAAUGGUACUUUAAUGUGUAAUAUUUGCCAAAAAGUGUUGAAAUCGAAACAAACGCUUAAAUACCAUAUGCAGAGACAUUUUAACAUUCGAAAUUACAAUUGUGAAGAUUGUGGGGAUGUCUUUGUCACAUCUUCAGAAUUAUUAAGUCAUAGGAAGAAACACAGUACAGAAAAGGCAGUGGAAUGUCACCUAUGUCAAUACAAAACUCGCACCAAAAAAAACCUGAUCAUUCAUUUGAAAAGACAUGCAGGAAUCAAAACAUUCAAAUGUAACAUUUGUGAAGUGACAUUCUGCACUGGGGGUGAACUACAAUGUCACCAGAGGGUGCAUUCACGUGAAAAGACUUUCUCUUGUCCAACAUGUGCCCAACAAUUUGCUCACAGCUCCAGCCUCAACAAACACAUGCGCACAGUCCAUGGCCUCUCCUACAAGUGGGGAGACUUCAAACGUAAAGAAAACGAAAAUAAAAAAAUACCUUACCAAUUUGAAAGCAAAUUAUUAUCAAAAUAAAACAUCCAACUUCA